AUGGUUAAAUCAUAUGAUCGUUAUGAACAAGAAAAAUGCUUUGGUGUAAUUGCGUCACAGUCGAACAUUGUAUAUCUUCCACCUACUCUGAAUCAAUCAUCAAAAACCAUUGGAAGAGCUAUUUCAUCAGGAUUAGAGGAAAUUUUGGUUUGGGAUAUUAAGACAGGUGAAGUACUCAACAGAUUGAGAGAUGGUUUAACACCAGGUGCUUCAAAUGCACCAACUGCUCAAGCACCAUCACCGGUCUCAUAUUUAGCAUAUCAUGAAGACACGAACAUUGUCGCUGCAGGAUACUUAGAUGGAUCGAUCAAGAUAUGGGAUUUGACAUCAGGCUCAGCAUUAAUCAGCUUUCAAGGUCACAAGUCUUCAAUUAGUAUUUUAAAAUUUGACAGAAGUGGUACUAGGUUGUUGUCUGGGUCGAAUGAUGCCACGAUUAUUUUAUGGGACUUGGUUGGAGAAGAAGGAUUAUUCAAAUUAAAAGGUCACAAGAGUCAAAUCACCGGUUUAAACUUUCUUACCGAGAAUCCUGAAUCAAAAGGGUCUGAUGACCUUGAAGAUUACUUGUUGAGUGUUUCUAAAGACGGAUUGAUUAAAUUGUGGGAAGUAAAGACACAGCAAUGUGUAGAAACUCAUUUAGCUCAUUCCAAUGAAUGCUGGUCUUUAGGAAUGAAUACUUCAAAUAACGUAGCCAUAACUACCGGAAACAAGGAUCAAGUUAAAGUCUGGGAAAUUGACCUUUCUCAACCAGAUACUCAAAAAUUAAUUGAAAAAGGAUCAUUCGAGAAACAAAGUAAGGCGAGAUGCGCUGAUAUUCAAUUUCAAAAGUUGAAAACAUCAAGCGCUAACAUAACAGACUUAUUUUAUUUACAGAAUGCAGAUAGAACUGUGGAAAUAUUUAGAGUAAGGUCCUCUGAUGAAAUAAAGAAGGGUAUUACUAAGAGAACGAAGAGACUCAAAGAAAAGGGAUAUGACGAGGACGAAAUUUUACAAUCAUUGAAAGAAUCUGAAAUAAGUAUGAUGAUCACUCCAUUUACUACUUUAAGAACCAUUUCCAAGGUGAAGUCAUGCACAUGGGUUAAUAAUGAUAAGAAUAGUAAAAAGUUGGACUUGCUUGUUUCUUUGACUAAUAACUCUAUUGAAUACCAUAACAUUCCAAUUCCCGAACUGAUAAAGAAAACUCAAGCAUCCGAUAUAUAUUCCGUGAAACAACAUUCAGUUGACUUGUUAGGUCAUAGAACUGAUAUAAGAGCAAUGGAUAUUGCUGCCGAUAAUAAAUUGUUGGCUACUGCAUCGAAUGGGGAAUUAAAAAUUUGGAAUAUUAAGACCCAGAAUGUUAUUCGUACAUUUGCAUUAGAAGGAGGUUACGCUUUGUGUUGUAAGUUUUUGCCAGGAGGGACAUUGAUUGCAAUUGGUUUUAAAAAUGGGGAUUUAGAGUUAUACGAUUUAGCUACGUCAUCUGUAGUGGACAGAAUUGAAAAAGCUCAUGAUUCAAAGUCAGCUGUUGAUGAUGAAAAUGGAUCGGCCAUAUGGUCGUUGGAUUUAACUCCAGAUGGGAAGACAUUAGUUACCGGUGGUAAUGAUAAAUCUGUAAAGUUUUGGAACUUCAAAGUUGAACAAGAAAUGAUUCCAGGUUCCAAUUCAUCUGUGUCGAAAUUAAAAUUCGUACAUAAUCAAACUUUGGAAUUAAAUGAAGAUGUGUUAUGUGUGAGAAUUUCUCCAGAUUCAAGAUUUUUAGCCGUUUCUUUAUUGAAUAAUAAUGUGCAAGUUGUUUUCCUUGAUUCGUUGAAAUUAUUCUUAACAUUGUAUGGUCAUAAAUUACCGGUUUUGUCAAUUGACAUUUCUGAUGACUCCAAGUUGAUUAUCACUUCAUCUGCUGAUAAGAACAUUAAGAUUUGGGGUUUGGAUUUCGGUGAUUGUCAUAAGUCUAUUUUUGGUCACCAAGAUUCGAUUAUGAAUGUUAAGUUCAUUCCAGAUAGUCACAACUUUUUCUCUUCUGGUAAGGAUGGUCUUAUCAAAUAUUGGGACGGUGAUAAAUUCGAAUGUAUUCAAAAGUUACCAGCGCACCAAUCUGAAGUUUGGUGUUUAGCUAUUAGUAGUGAUGGAAGAUUUAUGAUUUCCACCUCCCAUGAUCAUUCGAUAAGAUUGUGGCUUGCUACUGAUGACCAGGUUUUCUUGGAAGAAGAAAGAGAAAAGGAAAUGGACGAACUUUAUGAAAACACAUUAUUAGAAUCGUUGGAAGAAGAUCCAACUCACAAUAACAACGAGGAAGACGAUGAAAAAGAAGACGGAGAAGAAGUAUCAAAAGUUACCAAGCAAACUAUGGAAACUUUGAAAGCUGGUGAAAAGUUAAUGGAAGCAUUGGAUAUCGGUACCGAAGAUGUUUUAGCGACGGAAGACUACGAACUGCACUUGAAAAACUUCCAAGCUAAAAGAAUUGCUGCUCCACCAGUCAAACCUACUCCAAACCCAAUCUUGUUGGCUUUAGGCAUUAAUGGCCAAGAACAUGUUUUAAAUACCGUCACCAAAAUCAGACCAGCUCAAUUGGACGAUGCUUUACUAGUGCUUCCAUUUUCCUACUCCUUGAAGUUGUUGAAGUUCAUCGAAAUCUGGACCAACAAACAAAACGUUACAAACAAUGUUGUCAAUAUCUCACUCAUCUGUAAAAUAUUGUUCUUCGUCAUCAGGUCAAAUGCCAAAGAGUUUAUUCACCAAAAGAGUCCUGAGCUCAAAAACCAGCUUGCAACCGUCAAAAAACAGCUCCGUGAAGAAUUGUCUAAAACCUCAAACCAACUAGGAUACAACAUACAAGGUUUGAAGUUUACAAAACAACAAUGGAAACUUACUCACGAAUCAGAAUUUAUUGACGAGGCUGAACAAAGGGAAUACGAAGACAAGAAGGCUAUUAAGAGAUCCUUUACAACUAUAUAA